UUACUUUAAAUAGGACAUUAAACUAACGUUUGUGUUAGCCUACUUUGAGUAAUUAAACAUAUAUUUGACAAAUAUAGAGUUAAUUAACUUAACUUCACGUUUUAAUUUGAGUCGUGCCAACGUCAAGCAAGCUCCGAAGGAAUUUGUGGAUUGCUGAAGAGAUGAAGCGGACGUACGUUAUCCUGACGAUAUUGUGUCUGUAUCACACCUCAUUCGGACAGGACUGCCCCAGCAGGCAGGAGAUGCAGGGCACCCUGCGCCAGCUCCACAAGCUGCUCUCGGCCCACGAGACGUCCUACCUGCAGGGCCUGCGGUCGCUGAGGAAGAAGAUCAACCUCCUGCAGAGCUCCACGGCCAGGCAGAGCGGCAAAGCCGGCAACGGGACCUGCCCAAAGCUGGAGGUGCCCGGCAACGGCAGGAAGCUCGGCAAGGUGCUGGCGGUGGGCCACGAGGUGCACUUCCUGUGCGACCCGGGAUUCGAGCUGGUGGGGUCCGAGACCAGGGCGUGUCAGGAAUCCCUGAGCUGGAGCGGCCAACAGCCCUCCUGCAGGAAAGUAAACGAGUGUGCUUCCGCACCGUGUCAGAACGGAGGGACGUGUGCGGACGAGGUGAACCGAUUCGUCUGCACGUGUGCGAAAGGCUGGACCGGAGCCACCUGCCACAUGCCCAUACCCACGUUCUUCUCUCUGACCAUCAACGCCUCCUCAGUUCCCCCCACCUCCUCCCCAACCUCCCACGCCUCGGUCGCCCCCUCCUCUCCCCCGUUCUCCCCCUUCCUGCACCCCUCCCGCUGCACACAGCUCCUGGGCUCCACACGCUGCACCUGUGAGGCCGGAUUCACCAUCUCGGGCCGGGACAGCAGCCUCUGUGUGGAUAUUGACGAGUGUGAGCUGUUCCACAUGGGCCAGGCGGGGCGUCUGUGUGUGCACAACUGUGUGAACACCCCCGGGGGCUACCGCUGCUCCUGUCCCUCUGGCUACAACCUCACCCGGGACAGCCGGAACUGCAAAGACAUUGAUGAGUGCGAGACCCGACAGCACAACUGCACCCGGGACCAGCUGUGUGUGAACACGUACGGAGGCUUCCAGUGUGUGAGGGUGGAGUGCCCCCGCAUCCGCAAUGCCACCUACGUCAAGACCUCACCCGUGCGGUGCGAGCGGAACCCCUGCCCCGUGGACAACAAGGCGUGCUCCCAGGCGCCCAACUCCGUGUCCUUCCACUUCCUGUCGGUGGUGUCCAACCUGUCGGCGCCGCGCGUGCUGUUCCGCGUGUCGGCGGCGCGCGUGCUGGGGGACACGCUGCGCUUCGGGCUCCUGGGGGCCCGCGGCCGGCGCCACUUCACCGUGCAGCGCGCCGGCCGGCAGACGGGCCAGCUGCUGCUGGUCAGCCCCGUGCAGGGCCCCGCCACGCUGGAGGCCGAGGUGGAGAUGAGCGAGCUGGAGCGCCGCAGCACGCUCGGCCGCUACGUCACCAAGGUCACGCUCUUCGUCUCGCCCUACGCCUUCUAG